GGUAACAGGCAGAUAGACUUGUAAUGUAGCCUAAUGUUUACGUUUGUGCCAUACUUAAUCUGUCGAUCUCUCCUGAGCGCCAGUUAUACCGUACUCAUUUUAGUCGCUCAUUGCUUCUGGUCGUUUCAGAGGUUGUCUAUACCGAAGAACACAUCGAGUAGAAUCGCUGGUGGGCAUCUACAUAUUGUUUUGUUUUCUGACUACUGUCAAACUCGAAUUGUGAGGGGCCGUAGCCGCCUCCCAAGGGCGGUAGGAUAAUGUGUUAACAAAAUGGUUUUGGUAUCUUGAUAACCUGCGUAACAUGCCGCGACCAAAAUCAGCCAAGUCAGUUUUCAUAGAAAAAAAUGAUUCUUGUGUUCCUCGUAUAUUUCUCGAAGAGGUGACACUGCCUGACCUGGAAAAAAACGGGAUUCUUAUUGAAGUAAAAGCAUGUGGCCUGCCUGAUACUCAGUUUGACCACAUUGCUGUAAUGCAGAUACUUGCAAGAGCAAACAAGAAACAAUUCAUGGGUUUGGGAUUUGACAUCUCGGGUGUUGUUCAAGCUGUUGGGUCUGAUGUGACUACUUUAAAAGUUGGUGAUCAGGUUGUUGGAGUUGUACCACUUGAUUAUGAGCAGUCUGGUUGCUCAGAAUAUGUUGUUGUACAAGAAUUUGAUGUCGUAUUGAAGCCAGAUGAUGUAAGCUUUGUUGAUGCUGCUGCCUGCAUUGGGGAUGCCGUAAAAGCCUACACUGCACUUCAUUACCUUGGGAAACUGAACUCUGGAGACACAGUUCUCAUUAUUGAUGGGGCCAGCUCAUUCGGCAGCAUCUGUGUGCAAUUGGCCCAUCACUGGGGUGCAAGGGUACUUACUACAGCCACGUCAGAUGACGAGAAGGCAUAUCUGCAAGGCCCUGGCCGGGGCAUUGCCCAUGUUGUUGAAGUGGGAACAGGUGGACUUACAGGACAGGCCCAGAAAAGCAGCAGUACCAGCAGCCUUCGGUCUGGUAUUAUGCUCGAAACUGGCAAUUUGGGUGUUGACAUAAUAGUGGACAGGGGUGGAUUGCCAUUCCUACCAGAAGAUCAGCAGAAUAUUAAUAAUAAUGUUUGCGACAACAGAUGGAGCUCUACCACAGCAUAUUCACCAACAAAACAUGAGAUAAUUUCUUGCCUUGGGGUUGGGGGACGCUGGGUGACGUCUAAAGCAAAUCUUCAGUUGGAUCCACCUUAUUCAAGGAUGCUGUAUUUACGUUGUGCUAGUGUUGGUUUUCUGUUUGAGCAGUCAUGGAUUUUGUCAAAUGCCCAGCAAGGACGUUAUCAGCAUAUACUGAUGGACAUUGUAGAAAAGAUAAAAACUGGUAUUGUACGUCCAAAUAUCCACCAUACAGUAUCAUUUGAAUCUGUUCUGGAAGAAGUGAAACUAACUGAGGAACUCAGAGUUGGGAAAGUUGUCAUGACAAGGUCCUAACACACAGAAUUUCACUUCGCUCUUUCAUAAGGUUUUACUACUGUUCUUGGAAAUGUCAGAAAGAAUGCACAUUUGUGAUCUCAGGGAACCUACAUUGUCAUCCAGAAGUUGGGAACAAAGGAGUACUGAAAUGCUUACAACUACAUCAAACACAUGUCCUCCAAAGCUAAUAUUGGAAAGUCCAGUAAAUAUUUAAUAACCAUUAAUAGUAGUUGUCUGUGUGCCUGCAGUUUGUGAAGUGACUGUUUAUAGUAGCACACUGCUUGCAAUCAAUGUAUAAUGAGUAAAGAAAAUUAUGUAUGUUGAAAAGUAAGUGAUCUUUGUAAAAUUAAUUUACACUUGUUAGUGAAUAUUUAACUCUCAGAGAAAUAAUUUUACUUGUUUUUGGAUUGUAGAUUAAACUGACAGUCAACAUAUCAACAUAAUUUUGUCUUGUUUGUGGCAGUUUUGUGUUCAUUAUUACACUUAUUCACUGAGUGUUGAUGCUGCACAGUAUAUUUUUAAUGGAAGAAGUAAAUAUAACUACUAUACACCAAUUAAAUGUAUACAGUGAUCUUUUAGAAUGGAAUUAUUAACUAAAAAUUCAGAAUUCUUAAUGAAAUUUAUUUCAUGGGUAUAUAUUAGCUUGGUUCCAAUAGUGAAAGCAUGCCACUGGGCAUAUAGCUCAAAGUUUGAGCUGUAUAUGAAUUUUGCUUGAUUAGUGGCAUCACAUGUAUACACAUAAUUGGUCUAUGUUAUAGAUAGAGCAUUUAUAUAUGUGAUAGUUGAUUGUUGAAUGGUUAUGCUAUAGUGUCCAUUCAAAAAAGUUAAUGCAGAUUCUGUCCAUUGUAUCAAUCCAGUAUCUUAUUUCAGAUCAGAGAAUAUCAGCAGAUUUGUAUACUAUCUGUAAGAAAAUUACAGUUAUGUAAAAUAAACUAUUUUUUGUUUC